AAAAAAAAAAAAAAAAAAAAGAUUCGGGUUAGGGCUGUGUACAGCCAUAAAAUAAUUAAGAGUCGUUUAGCAUUUAGUGAACAAUAAUGAACAUGGCUCGUAUUGGACACAUCGACAUCGCUUAAACUAGUUUGCUGCUAGUUGUUAUAAGUUUCUAAAUAUCAGUAUAGAAAAUUGUAAAUAUUAUUGCACAAAUAGAGUCCAUAGUCAUGUAUAUUUAGUAUAAUUUUAGACUUGAAUAUAUACACAGUAAAUUGGAUAGGGCGGUGUUGGCCCUACAGUGGCCUCCUUAAAGUAGUGCUACUUUGGCACUACUGGUAGAUAGGGCCAUUUUUUAGCUCUGAUUUUGGGACUGUUUUAGCCCCUCAUAUGGAUUUUCCCCCUGAUUUGGCCUAGUUGAGGGGGCCAAAACAGUACUGAUAGACCCAUACCAAAAUGGCUUCUGUGGGGCCAAAAUGGCAUUGUUCUAUUUUGGCCCUAGCCUGGAUAAAAUAGCACUACUUUGAAAAAGACAAAUGGCUCUCUGGGGCCAAAUUGGUUCUCUCAAAUUUACUGUAUAGUAUGGCACAGGCGUGUUUUCAAGAAAACCACUUGUGAGCCUUUUCAAUCUCGUACCCACAGCCCGUAUUUCUUACUGCGCAUGCUUGACGCAGUAUUUUUUGGUUAGUUUCAUAUUUAAAUUUUCCAAUUAUUUUAUUGCAUUUUUUCUUCUUAAGACAAAUUAGGCUUAGGGCAAACGUCGAACUUUCCAUGUACCGAACUUAAUUACAUCAGAGAAUGCCGCCUCCUUAUCACCUGAUAGCCAUUGUUUUUAAUGAAUUCGAUGAUCUGUACACGCAAAAAUAACUUGGAAUAAACUGAUAAUCGCUAUUGUACAGAUAAAAGCAGGUAUAGCAUAAAUUUAAUUAAGAAACCUUUCAAUUUGGGACAAAUUUUUGAUUGGUUACCCCCCAAAGACUCAAGGCAUUAUGGGGAUGUGAACUAGAGAAUGCUGAAUGGGCCACCCUGUUGAAAUAAAGUUAUCUGAUCUUGUCUUACCUGUUGGUCUUCCUGUACCCUGUAUUGGUAGCAAAGUACUGGAUCCGAAUACAAUAACUUAAUGGCGGCUUGCUGUGGAGAGACUACGCGCUCAUUUUUUAAAUUAUUAUUUUUCCCUGCUCAAAAUUCUCUCAUUUUCUAUAAACAAAGGCCUUCAAAAUUAUAUCUUGCAUGUAUUUAUAAACAUUUUUGCUCCAAAACAACGUCAAUUAAUGAACAGGAGAAAGGAUUUGGUUCAAAUCGUGACGAGAACUGCCAAGAAACGACGGGGAAAAAUUUGAAUCUUGUGGUGUCUUCUUUACGAGUUGAUAGAGUUGCUGCUACAGGAUUUGGCAUUGGAAGAAGAAAAUUGGACCUUUUAUUACUGGCUGGUAAAUUAUACCUAAACAAAGAUAAAGUGGAGAAAAGAUCACUUCAGGUGAGCUGUAAUGAUAUUCUUGAACUGAUUACAAGAGAAAAAACGGAUCCACAAGACGGAGAUAGCAAAGUUUACCUCUCAAGGCUAAUAAUCAAUGAAGUUGGACAGACAAUGACUAAGAAAGGAAAUCUGCGGAUCUCUCUGACAAGACACGGGAACAUUGCAUUAUAUAGAGAAUCAUUCAACCAGAUAUACAGGAAAAAAAAGUAUUGAAGAAAGAUAAGUUCUAAACGGGAAAAAAAUCACAGAACAUUGAAUUGGAUCCCAAUGGCGAAUCAUCGUCCCCGAGAUGGCGUUUACGCCUGGUUCGUCUGUAUUUCUGCUGUCUUUUACCGUGUUUUGACGUUUGGAUGUACGCAAGGUUUUGGACUUAUUCUUCCAACUUUACUUGAUGAAUUUCAGGAAGGAAAGGCCAAGACAGCUUGGGUCGGCUCACUGGCAUUGGCUGUACCCAUGACGUUUUCUCCCAUUGCUGCCAGACUCAUUCAGCGGUUCGGCGCGCGUUCAGUCGGGAUAGCAGGGUGCUUAUUCGCUGCUAUAGGACUUGCCUUAUCAGCAUUCGCUACCAGUAUUUAUUUCCUCUUUGGGACGUUUAGUCUGAUGUAUGGCUUAGGUGUUUCUUGCUCUUAUACCGCGUGCUAUGAUAUUGUACCCACGUACUUCAAAAAAAGGCUUGGACUUGCGAUUGGAGUCAUGAGUUCUGGGACCGGAGCUACAGUUUUGAUUAUGAGUCCUAUCAACGAGAUUUUGAUCACCAAUGUUGGAUGGAGAAAGGCUUUUUAUGCUUUCGCGGGAUUUCAACUUCUGUCUGGAGUAUGUUGUUUAACCUUCAGUCCUGACGUCGAGCAAGAUGAAGCCACUACACAAGAACAACAACAAAGCAUUGCAGUAGUGUUGGGCCAAACCACAUCUUUACGCAAGAAUAUCAGCUUUGUGAUAAACUGUGUUUACAGUUUUUGUUUUCAAGUGGGAAAUACUAUCCCACUUAUUCAUUUGGGACGCUACGCUCUGGAGUCGGGACUCAGUUCUACCCAAACUGCUAAUCUUUACGUUGGUUUUGGUGUUGCAACUAUGGUUGGUCGUAUUGUCUCCGGGAAAAUCUGCGAAUCGAGAUCUUUUCAUACAAGUUACAUUUGUUGUAGUUUGGCUGGAGUUGUAGCAGGAGUAUCCAACAUUGUGUGUCCAUUUAUCCAUGGUUUUAUCGCACUAACCGUGUAUUUCUGUAUCAACGGACUUGCUGAUGGCUUUCAAGUCUCUUCAAAAAGUGUCUUACUAAUGGAGUCAUGUAAUGCACGAGAAAGAACAACGGCUUAUGGCUACUUGUUUUUUAUUACUUCAUUUGGGUACUUGAUGGGUCCCCCUUUUGGAGGAUUGAUAGCAGAUCAAGUUGGCUCUUACAUCCCUGUUUUCUAUGCAUCUGGUUCUAUCGUUCUAUUCAGCGGAUUUCUCAUUCUAGCAGUCAGAUGUUUUAGACGUAAACACAAAGAAAAUCUGAGAACUGAAGUCAAGGUUUUGUUGGAGUACUGUGUUGAAGAGAAAGUGACAGUGGUAUAACUAUUACCACACGGACAAUCGGUCAGUAAGGCCAUGCAUAGUUGAUAUUAACGCGGACGGACAGACGGGCUGACGGACGGAAAAUUAAAUAUGCCGUUGAAUUAUAUGUGUGAAAGGAAGGAAGGA